AUGGCCAAACUUGCGUUGACUUGGUGGUGGCCAGGGCUGCUGCUGCUGUUGGAGAGGCCAGCGGAAGGCAGCUGCCCUGACGCAGAAGGCUUCAACGAGAUCUGGGGUUGCCCGGCCGAGUCCUUGGGGCCGGAGCUGCUGGCGGACACCGCUUUUGGGAACACAGCGACUUGGGGCACCUACCUGAAAGACACCGGAUUGGCCUCUUUCAGCUUCACUGGGCAUGGGGUGGUGGUGGAUCCCUUGGCCGAUGAGGACGACACUCCAUGGCACGUGCAAAUCACGCAGCCCAUCACCUUGGAUCAAGGUGGGGAGGAUCCGGCUUACUAUGCGCUUUGCGUGCGAGCAGCUUCAGACAAGGCGGGUGUGCUGCACUUCGCCGUCGACGCUGGCGCCGCACUGAACUUCGCUAUUGCUGGCGGUGGCUCCGCGGGGCGGCUGCAGCUGCGGGAGGGACAGGAGGCCACCGGUGCCUGCUUCAGCUUUCGCUUGGGCCCCUCGAGCUAUGAAUACGAAGGCCGCGUCGUCUUGGACCUUGGCGCCUUCGUUGAGCGCUCAGAGGUCUGCCAGAUCUCCUUGCGGCGCUGCUCCAGCAAACCCGCUGCGCGGGGUUUGAAGCCCCUGCGGCGUUGCUAUUUGGCGCCGCUGGAGGAAGGUGCUGGCUGCACCCUUCUGGAGGUGCAGAGGGGGGUGUUCUAUGACGUCAACCGGUAUGGCCAGGAGACGACUGCAAAGCGCUCUUGUCUCCAAGAGACACGACGUCUCAAAGGCGACAGUUUUGUCUUUGCAGUGGGGCGCUGUGAGAUUUGGCGCUGCGAGCGCCGGUCGAACCUGGUGACCUCUGCCACCUCUUCGCAGCCCAAGGAGCUGUUCAGCGAGCUUUGUGACUACGAUGAGGAGGCGGCAGGCUACCAAGGCACCCAGCGGAGGUCUCCCGUCUACAUCCAGCUUUGGGAGUGGAAUUUCGAGGACAUCGCCAAGGAGUGCGUGCGAUACUUGGGGCCCAACGGCAUCAGCGGUGUGCAAAUCUCGCCGGUGACAGAGCACAUCCUGGGGACCCAGUGGUACACCAAGUAUCAGCCUAUAGGCUUUGGACUCAACAGCCGUUCUGGCAAUAUGGAGCAGCUUGUCAAGAUGAUCAUUGCCUGCCGCUCCGCCGGGGUGCAGGUCAUGGUGGAUGUGAUCUUGAACCACAUCGCUGCGCCCUGCCCCAGCGCACUUGAGGCAGGUUAUGCGGCAGUGAUGCCCUGCACGGGCUGGGCCGGGUCCAGCUAUGGGAACCGCCGCAUCAACACCCAGGAUGGCUGGAAGGGCCCAGAGUUUUUUCACAACAUCUUGGGGAACCUGAUGGGGAACUGUCCCGUCGAAGAGCCAUCCUUCACCUGCCCACAGAGCGAUCCUCCGGGGGAUUGCACGCAAUGUGACUUCAAGGGCUUGCCAGAUUGGAACACCGGCCUCCAGGGCACGCGCGAGACCUUGGCGAAGCAUCUCAUGGAACUCCACGACGUGGGCGUCACCAUGAUCCGCAUCGAUGCUGCCAGCUACAUGUCCUGGGAGGACACCGCGGCGAUCAUCAAUCAGCUGCCGUGGGACGUGGUGCACCAAGAGUGGUGGGGCGGCAUCCCGGCGCCGGAACGCAGCGAGGCGGUUGGGCACUACCGAGAUCAGAAGUAUGGUUUAAAGAUCACCAACGCUUUGGCAGUUGGCGAUGUGAACUAUUUGUCGGAGAUGUUGAACAUCUCAACAGGUUUGGAGGGCAUCCCUUCCGAGCGCGCUGUCUAUCCUUUGACCUUCCAUGACGCCAGGACAUGGGAGGCGGACCGCUUCAUUCCCACCUUUAUGAAUGGCUUAGAGUUCCACCAGCAGCAGAAGUUCCUGCUGGCCUGGCCCAAGGGCAUGGCUGUUCGGCUUUGGGGCGGCUACACGUUCACGAACAUGGACGCCGGACCUCCCGGGGAGUGUGGCAACGGCAGGUGUCAGCCCUUCCCGGUCUACCUCUUCGAAGACGAAGAGCCCAGGUGUAUGCCAACUCCACAGAACUCGCCGCUCUCCGAAGAGGAGAAGGAAUAUGAGGGCUGGAUCUGCGAGCACCGCUGGGAGGGCAUCGCAGGGCUGAUCAACUUCCGUCAGGCCUGCCGCGGCUUGCCGAUCACCAGCAUCUGGUCUUCCAGCGAUGGCUCUGCCUCGUUGGGACAAUACGCGUGGAGAGCCACCCAGGGUCAACAGCAAUGCUUCGCCGCGCUCGUGCGGGGGUUCAACACUCGGUGGCCUGGGCCCUGGGGUCACUUGGGCGAUUGGCGCCUUGCAGGGAUGGCGACGGGCUUGCCGCCCGGGCGCUACUGCGACUUGGCCUCCUUGAGCACUCAAAAGUGUUGGGAUCGGAGGCGCUGCCCGCGUGAAGUGUCCAUUGAUGCGGAUGGUGUGGUGCUGACUGGCGUAGUGCGUGAAGGGGAUUUGCUGGCCAUUCAUACUUCUGCGCGGCUCUCGGACAGCACGGAGCCUUUCGUCUGCGGCCAAACAGAGGAGCUGUCGACGGCCAGCUCUGCUACCGUGCCCCUUUUGGUGGGCGCGCUUGCCAUGGGCUUCCUGACGACGAGUGGCGCACGUCCGCGGGUGCUCGACCUGCAGGCAGUGGAGGAGUUUCACAUCCCUACGGAGGAGGAGAAGUCUAUGACGAGCUGUGAUGGGAUGCGAGAGUUCCGGAAAGGGAGCUGGUUAGAGGUGCCGCUGAAUGCCACCCGAUUGAGGCCAAAAAGACGAAACAGGCCGAAAGCUGAGCGGCAGAUGCGUGUGGCGGUGGAGGUCAUCCACAGGAACCACUCGGGGCCCGUCUUCCACGAGCUGCGAUCAUUAGAACAACGACGCUGGAAUGAGGAGAACGCGAACUUCACCUUCUUCAACCCUUCCUUGGUGCGACUGCCGAACGCCUGGAAGCGGCAUGAAGAUGAAAGGUGGCUUGCCGCCUUCCGGCACAUGGAAGCCUCUGCAGAGCUUUACCCGAACUGUGCUCCGCUGGGCAUCUCCAAUGUGAUUGUCUUGGCAGUGCUCGAUGAUGACUUCCGCAUCACUCGUCCCGUGGAGCUCUUAACCGAGGAGGACUGUUUUCCGGAGAAGUUCCAGUGUGUUGAUGCGAAGCUUUCUGACAUCAUCGCGGUGGGCCCGGAAGACCCGAAGCUCUUCCCCGUGGGCGACGGGGUCUUCGUGUUUUUCACCGGCAAGAUGCCCUCCGAGCACUUCAUGAAGCGCUGCGGACACCCGGUAGGGCGCAUGUUUGUGGCAGAGAUUGCCGCGGACCUACAGGUGCACCAUCACCGCUUCACGGUGCGGAUGGAGUCCGAAAUUCAGAACGCCUCCCAGCCAUUGAUCAACAAGGAGCCCUUCCACCACUGGGAGAAGAACUGGAGUCCCUUCAUCUACAAAGAUGAAGAUGGUGAGGAGCAUUUGAUGGCCCAAGAGGACGUCGAGCCGCAGGUGGUGGUUUCCAUGGAUCAUCAGUUCAUUGCGGGCCAACAGGUCUACAACACCAGCUCUCCACAGAUAGAUGCCUGGGUCAAGGAGAAGCAGGCAGAAGCGGAUCAGCAGAAAGAGAUCCUUUUGCCAGGGGUCCAUGGCGGCUGCUCACCGUUGCUCAUCACCGAGCCGAUUGAAGGCUUGGAGAUGGAGCCCCCCUUCUAUCUCUCCAUCCUGCACGUGAGGACCUUGAAGGAUGGCCAGUACUUGGUCUACCACAACUUCUUCUACCUCUUUGAUGCCUCUCCACCCUUCGCCGUACGCCACGUGCUGCGCAAAGAGGUGCCCUUGCUGCCUGGACCUUCAGUCUUUCCUCUCUUGGUGGCCUUCGCCACCCAACUUCUGCGUCUCGACGAUGUGUCGCUGGUGGUGCUCUUCGGAAUGGGUGAUGCGCGGGCGAAGCAGCUCAGGUUGAUCUUCGAGCUCGGUGGUUUGCCAGAGCGUGAUUUGGAGAAGCUCAAGCAGGAGAAGUUCUUCACCGAGAAAUGGCACUACACCAUCAUUGAUGCCCCAGGCCAUCGUGACUUCAUCAAGAACAUGAUCACUGGUGCCUCUCAGGCCGAUGUGGCCCUGAUCAUGGUGCCGGCCGAUGGAAACUUCACCACCGCCAUCGCCAAGGGAAACCACAAGGCCGGCGAGAUCCAAGGACAGACUCGUCAGCACUCGCGUCUCAUCAAUUUGUUGGGCGUGAAACAGAUUUGCAUCGGCGUGAACAAGAUGGACUGCGACACCGCAGGCUACAAGCAGGCUCGCUACGAUGAGAUCGCCAACGAGAUGAAGAGCAUGUUGGUCAAGGUUGGCUGGAAGAAGGACUUCAUCGAGAAAAGCACCCCCGUGAUGCCCAUCUCCGGCUGGAUGGGUGACAACUUGCUGAAGAAGUCUGAGAACAUGGGCUGGUGGAAGGGUCAGGACGUGGAGGUGGGCAGCGAGAUGAUCCACGUGGACACCGUCUACGACGUCUUGGACAAGAUGUGCCGUGUACCGGAGCGUCCGAUCAGCGCCCCAAUGCGCAUGCCGAUCAGUGGCAUCUACAAGAUCAAGGGCGCCGUGGUGAGAAAAUACAUGAAUCGGGAUGAAGAUGGCGUGGGUGAUGUGCUCGCCGGACGUGUCGAGCAGGGUGUUGUGAAGCCCGGUGAAGAGGUGGUCUUCCUGCCGACGCACACCACUAGCAACCCCUGCACUGGAAAGGUCUUCACCGUUGAGAUGCACCACCAGCGUGUGGACUUUGCCAACCCAGGCGACAACGUGGGAUUGAACAUCAAGGGCCUGGACAAGAACAACAUGCCACGCUCCGGAGAUGUCAUGGUUUACAAGAAGGACACGACCUUGGGACAGACCAAGGAGUUUGACGCUCAGAUUCAGGUCCUGGACAUCCCCAACGAGAUCAAGGUGGGCUACUCCCCCAUCGGCUUCGUGCGCUGCGGCCGCGCGGCGUGCCGCGUGAGCGCGCUGAAGUGGAAGAUGGGCAAGGAGACGGGUGGCAAGAAGAUGGAGGAUCCUCACUCCCUGAAGUCCAAUGAGAUGGCUCAGUGCAGCUUCCAACCGCAGCAGCCUUUGGUUUGCGACACCUUCAAGAACUGCGAGGGUUUGUCGCGUGUGGCUUUCAUGGAUGGCAACGGUGUGGUGAUGUUGGGCAAAGUCGUCAGCUGCGAGCGCAAGGGCGAAGGUCUCUUGGCACUGCGAAGGUCUCUCGAUUCGCUCGCGGCGAUGCUCGGAACUCGGUUUGGUGAUCCACACGGGGGGGUUUCUGUUUUCCACGUCCGUUUUCGGCGAAGUCACUCUGAAGGUUUUCACGUCCUUUUGCAGGACGGUGCGUUACGUGAAGGUAAACUCACUGGAAAACUACACCAGUGGAAGAGGGUCAAAACCCGCAGGGGUCCAUUGCCACACCGCGCACACAUCCGCAAUAGCCUGCGAAAGUGA